CGUAACACGGAGUGCGAUUUAUUUUCAGGUUUCGCCAUUCCGUACUUUCCGUGUCCAGUGUGCAACAAGUCGUACAAAUAUAAGGACAACCUAAUCAGACACCAGAGGUUCGAGUGCGGUGUCGAGCCGCAGUUCAAAUGCCAACUCUGCCCUUACAAGGCGAAGCAGAAAGGGACUCUGAAGCUGCACAUGCACAACAAACACUUCCAAAAAUUCAAACACGACUUGCUAGAGAAAUUUGACCCAACACAGGAAAAUCGAGUGCGGCCAGCCUCCGCAGUUUCAAUGCCCCAACUGCCCUUAUAUGGCGAAGCACAAGAGGAAGUUGAAAUCCCACUUCAUCCUCAAACACAUGUGAUCCCAGCUGUCCGUCCUUCCGCAGGUUCGAUGUCGAAAAAUCUAUCAUUUCUGACUCUUCGGUUCGUUCUAGGUCAGGAGACGAAGGCGUACGUGUGCACCAUCUGCGAGAGGAGGUACGCAUCCUCGUCCACUCUCAGGCGUCAUCUGAGGUAUGAGUGCGGGAAGGAACUUUGUUCCCAGUGUCCCCAUUGCUCCUACAAGACGAAGUAUAUGAUUGAUUUGAAAAAACACAUCUUCAACCAACAUCUGGUGUCUGACUUCAAAGUGCCCACCACCAAACCAGAGUGAUUGAAAGCCAAAAACAAUUUUAUACACACAUUCAGAAAAGGUUAAGCAUUUCAUCUGUCCAUAACAAUAAUAUAAAAAAAAUAUGUGGAUUAAAAUGUCAAGGUGGUUCUUUUUUUUACAUUGUUAAUUAGUAUUU